ACAGCGACCGACCCGGCGAGCACUGGCAGAGACACAACGACACAGACUCCCACAACACAUUUAGGAAUUUAACCCGCUUUAGUUUAAAUUCAAUAGUUAAGAGGCAAAUAUGGCGACUGAAAACAUGGCAAUGAACGGAGAGGCCGACCGAGAGAACGGAGGAGAGGUUCCACACCCUAGUCGCUGGAGACAGAGGGAGACGGGGGGUGCUCUGAACAUGAACCACUACGCCAAUAAGAAGAGUGCAGCAGAAAGCAUGCUGGAUGUGGCAUUACUCAUGGCCAAUGCGUCCCAGCUGAAGGCUGUCCUGGAGCAGGGCCCAGGGUUCACCUUCUACACCCCUCUCAUCACCCUCAUCUCCAUCUCCCUUAUCCUGCAGGUCACUGUGGGCAUCCUGCUCAUCUUCAUCGUAAAGUGGAACCUGAACGAUGAGAGCAUGCACUUCAAGCUGAACAUUAUGGAGAAUGUCGCCACAGCACUCGUCUUCAUCAUUGUUGUAGUCAAUGUCUUCAUCACAGCAUUUGGCGUCCAGAAGCCCAAUCUAAACUCCUAACUGCCCUCACUCCUUACCCAUGGUCAUCAGCUAGUACACAGGCCAGAGACGUUCAGAGAUCCAGUCUUCCAUAGGCCUCAAGCCAUCAGGUUCUCUGUUACGUCAAAGACAAUGGAUAGAUCAACUGUAUAGGACUCACACUGGCCUUUCAUAUCCACGGCCAGUCAACAUUUCAGAGGCCAUUACAAACUCAGAGUUCACCAUCUUUGGCUUUGGCUUUCUAUGUUCAUUUCUCAGGAUCUCAUUCUCAGUUGCAUUAUCAAGCUUAGAGUUUGUCGACUCUGUCUUCCCCUGGUCAUUUACCCUACUUCAUGUUGUUACGUCACACACUUCAUCAGUUGCUAUUACUAAUUGUUCAAAUGACCAAUGGCGUUAAUUUAUUGCCUUUUCAAAUAUGAUCUACAGGGUUAUUUUAUACAUAUCUCAGAGCUGCUGUCGUGGUGACUGUACUUGAGUUGUACAGACCCAGCUGCGUGUGUGUGUGUGUGUGUGUGUGUGUGUGUGUGUGUGUGUGUGUGUGUGCGCACACUCAAGUCUCUUUGGUCUGCUUUCAGCUCUGUACAAAAACACUUAUUUUAUAUUUUUACCUCCCAAGCUAAAGCCCAAAGCACAGCUGUCUUAACUGCUAUCGUUAAUGGAGUAGAGGUUCGCAGAUGUUUUUGGACUUCAGCUUAUUUGGGUGUGUGUUGUAAAUGCAGUGGUGAAAAGUACUUAAGUAAAAUUACUUUAAAGUACUACUUAACCUCUUAAGGAUCUGACCCUUUUUUUUUCA